AUGGACUCGAACAAUUCAGGACGUGGAGGCUGGAAGCCCCAGACAGCAAAGUUUAAACAGGAGAUGAAUAUCAUGCGCCAAGAAAAACUCAUAGCACAGAAAAAACGAGAAAUUGAAGAAAAACUGGCACGACAAGCACAGAUGAAUGCAAAGACCACUGCUGUUAAAGUUCACAACAAGUCCCUGCCAUCAGUUGGUUCCACUUCUCCCGAUUCGUCAUCAAACAAAUUUGCUAAUGAUGGAAGUUUUUUGCAGCAGUUUAUAAAGCUGCACAAAGAUAAGUCUUCUAAUCCUGAUUCUCCUAAUGACACGAAAAACACAACCGCCUCGUCAUCAGUGGGAAAUGUACAGCAAAAAAAGAGUAUUCUCUUUGGCAAGCGGCCAGGGCUUGGAGUCAGUAGCAUGAUAAGUCAAUACAAGAACUACUCUCAGUCUAAGAAAUAUCCUAUUCUGAGCCACAGACCAAGUGCCUUUUGCUCAUCAGAGGGUGAAGAAGAAGAUGAUGAAUCAGAUUACUCCAGAUUUUUAGAGAUUAAAGUUUCUCCUCCAGAGGAUUCUGAUACCCGACUCAUUAUUGACAAGAUGGCCUCUUUUGUGGCUGAAGGAGGACUUGAUCUUGAAAGAAGAGCUAGAGAGGACUACAAAGAAGACCCAGUUUUCUCAUUUUUAUAUGAUAAAGGCAGCAGUGACUAUCUGUACUUUAAAAGAAAAGUUGCAGAACUUCAAAGGAAUCUAUCAAAACCUAACAAUACUUUUGAGUGUGUCUCCCCCCCAGUGGACCUCGAAACUCAAAAAGUAGCUGAGAAGCUUGCUAGAUUUGUGGCAGAGGGUGGAGCAGAGGUGGAAGCCAUUGCUGUGGACCGUAACAAAGACAACCCUGCCUUCAGUUUUUUAUAUGAGCAUCAAAGUCCAGCUUAUCGCUUUUAUAAGGAGAAGGUAAAGGAGUACAGUGGUACAGCUUUUCAGCCCCAACAAGCAGUAACUACUCCUCCAGCUGCCUUGAAUUCUCCCACUCCCAGCAUUGAAGCCCCACCUGUCAAACGGAAGAGAAAAAGCCGUUGGGGUUCUGAAGACGAUAAAGUUCCGCUGCCGAUUCCAUCUAUUGUUAUUCCAGAGGAUGUAGGAUUUCCUCAACUCAAUAUACCUUCACUCUCCGCCCAAGAGCUGAAAGGUCUUGGUUACAACAAGGGAAAGCCUGCUGGCCUGGUUGGAGUCACUGAAUUAUCAGAAGAUCAGAAAAAACAGAUAAAAGAACAGCAAGAGAUGCAAGAAAUGUUCGAUAUGAUAAUGAAACACAAGCGAGCAAUGGCAGACAUGAAGGUGAUGUGGGAAAAAGCAGUGCGAGAGCAUCAGCACGAAUAUGAUAGCGAUGAAGAAAUUGAUCAAAGUCAGGGCACCUGGGAACAUCGUCUAAGGAAAAUGGAAAUGGAGAAAACACGCGAGUGGGCAGAGUCGCUUACUGAAAUGGGUAGAGGAAAGACCUUUAUUGGUGAUUUUCUGCCUCCGGAUGAGCUAGAUAAAUUUAUGGAAACCUUUAAAGCACUGAAGGAGGGCCGUGAUCCUGAUUACUCUGAAUACAAAGAAUUUAAGUUGACAGUGGAAAAUCUUGGUUUUCGAAUGUUAAUGAAGAUGGGCUGGAAAGAAGGAGAGGGUCUUGGAAGUGAGGGUCAGGGAAUUACAACACCAGUGAAUAAGGGAACUGUAGCUGUAGAUGGAGCAGGUUUAGGAGUUGAUCGACCAGCAGAGCUCACAAAGAAUGAUGAUGAAUAUGAUGCGUUUAGAAAGAGGAUGAUGCUGGCUUACCGCUUCAGGCCUAAUCCACUGAACAACCCUCGAAGACCGUAUUACUAA